AACAUUCGAACGUGUAUUUAAGCGCUAAAAAUUCAAAUUCCAAGUAUAACACAUUAAAGCGAUCAGUACUUUAAACCUCAAUCUUCCGCCUUUUCUAGUCCACACAACACAAUGGAUCCGAACACUUCACCACGGUGCCCCGGCACAAUCACCGUUCGUCGGAACCCUCCCCGGAGAGCUCGCGCCACCCCCCAAACGACGCCGCAAAGCUUCCACUUACCCGAAAUCGCGCCAUUCCCAAACGAUGACGUUUUGUCCGCAGCACAAACACCAGAAAUCCCGCCAACGCCUCUCCCCAAACCGGAAAACAAAAACCUAAAAGUUUUCCUCCGAAUCCGACCCCUCCCUUCGUCGCCGGUUCAAGCUCCGCGCGUGAGACCUAAGAGCGCGUGGCCUCAGAACCCCGUAAAAAAGAACGCGCCUCCGCCAGGUGCUAAAAUUUCCAAGAACAAGAACCCCGCCGCGUGCUUAACGGUCAACGACUCACAGUCGGUGACCCUAUCAACUCCCGUAAGCUCGAAAGAAUCGAAGCGAAUCAAAUCAGAAACUUAUGGAGGCUUCUCGCACGUUUUCUCUUCCGACUCAUCUCAGUUUCAAGUGUAUGAGAGAAUGAUGAAACCUCUGGUGGAGGAGUUUCUUAGAGGUAGAAGUGGAAUGUUGGCUGCAUUGGGACCCAGUGGGUCUGGGAAGACUCAUACCGUGUUUGGAACCCCAAGGGAUCCUGGGAUGGUACCUCUUGCCCUACGACAUAUUUUCGAGGACACUGAGCCACAUGCCAUACAAGCAUCUAGAACCUUUUACAUGUCGAUAUUUGAGAUAUGUUCUGAACGGGGUAAAGCAGAGAAGCUGUUUGAUUUGUUAUCAGAUGGCAGUGAAAUAAGCAUGCAGCAAUCGACUGUGAAGGGAUUGAAAGAGGUUAUCAUCUCCAAUACUGAACUGGCAGAAUCCUUAAUAGCACAAGCAACACUGAAACGUGCGACUGCAAUGACAAACACUAACAGCCAAUCGAGUCGGUCACAAUGCAUCAUUAACAUUCGUGAUGUUCCCCCAAAAUGUAAAGGGGUGAUCAAUCCUAAGUCAAAUGGUGCUUCUUUGACUAUCAUUGACCUUGCAGGGGCUGAAAGAGAAAAAAGAACAGGAAAUCAGGGGACAAGAUUGCUUGAAAGCAAUUUUAUCAAUAACACAUUAAUGGUGUUUGGCUUAUGCUUAAGAUCAUUAUUGGAGCACCAAAAAAAUCGCAAGAAGCCAUUGCAGAAGCACUUCCAAAGUUCCAUGUUAACCAGGUACCUGCGAGAUUAUUUGGAGGGCAAGAAGCGCAUGUCCUUGAUUUUAACAGCAAAGUCAGGAGAAGAAGAUUAUCUUGAUACUUCUUACCUACUGAGACAAGCUUCUCCUUACAUGCAGAUCAAGUAUAAUGAAGUUGAACCAUCAAACAUAGUUUCCAAAAAGAGGCAUUACCAAGCUUCAUCCAUAAUGGAUAAUACAAAACUAUCACCUUUAUCGGAACAUUUAAAGAGAAUGAGACUUGUUACUGAACAUACUGACCAGAAUGAUGAAAAGAAUGUUGAAGAAAGGAAGACUGUUAUGGAAGAUGCUUCAACACUCUGCAAAUUAGAAUCUAGUAGUUCUGUCACUUUCAAGCCAGAGUGUGAUAGCCAGGUCCAGAGCGAGAGAGGCCACAUUAUCAUGCAGAAUUUUGCUAAAGUUAUAUGGAAUGUCUUGAAGCAAUAUAAUUCCAAACUAAAGGUUGCAGAAAUGGAAAUAGAAAGUCUCAAAGAAAGCAUUGGGUAUGAAAAGAAAAAAUACUUGGAACUGGAAACACACUUGAAUGAGUUUAAGGCAUGUUGUACUUGCUGCAAAAGAGGAAAAAUAAAAAAUGAUCCUGAAGAUUGCUCAUCAGUGGAUCUUGAUCAACCACAUAAUUGGAGCAAGAGGAAACAUUUCAUGCACAGUCAUCAUCUGAGCCCAGCGUUGGCCAGUUUGAUGAAGAGGAGCCCAUUCUUGUUACUUCCUGUAUGCAGUUAGAUUCUGAAAACUCAGAUAGGGAAGUUUUGUCCUUGUCAAAACCAGAGCAUCAGAGUGCUUUGCAGGAAUCAUUUCAUGCACGCUCAUCGUCUGAGGCUACACUUGACCAGUCCGAUGAAGAGCCUACUCUGGAUACUUCCUGUUCACGGUUGGAUU